GAGCAGCUAUAAAAAAUGCCUAUAAUUUAGUUGAAUUAAUAAAAUUGGUGUAUUUUAGUGUAAAAUAACAUAUAUAAAGUUAAGUUUUGUUUUGUAUACUGUAAUUACAUAUGCCAAGCAGAAAAAAUAUACGUUGUUUAGUAUAUGAAAAAAAAUUUGCUGCACAACAAUUGAGGACAAAUUGGGUGAAUGCUAUAUAGCUCACAAAACUUUUAAUUUUAUAACCUUUUCACAUUAACAUGGACAACAGAUUACAAGCUACAGAGGAUGACGAUAGCGACAAUGAUAUAGUCACUGAUUUUAUUAAUUCCAAUUGUUUGAACAGAACUUCUACCGAAAUCACAAAUCCCACAGUUGCCCAAAUUUCAAACACAAAUAAAAAUUCAACAAAUUCAAAUAAUUUCUGCAUUGAGAGCAAAAAUUAUUGUAUGCCUAUAAUACAGGCGCCUCUUAUUUCUUAUAAUAAAAGUGUAAUUAACAAUAACAUGAUACCUAUAAUAAACGUAACACCACAUAGUCCAGCAUCGGCUACUAAAUACAAUAACAUAUUCGAGGAUACUCUUAAUCAGUUGCAAAAUAUACGUGAAAGUGUUGUGCAAAUGAAAAAUUCCAGUGUACAUAUGCAUGACGUUGCUUCUAAUUAUGGAUUAAUGAAUGGAGCUGUUUUAAGCACAUCCCUACCAGAUUUGAGUAGUGGAAAUGUAAGUGUCAAUGGCCCAAAUUUUGCUGUGUGGUCAACGCAACAACAAUAUUUGCUUAACACUGAUCGUCGUAAGUCAUGGACAGCUGUGGAUGAUUUAACUGCGGGUGACUGCACAAACAAAAGUGUUAGUUUAUCAAGUCUUGACAGCGAAGAACAGGAAACAAUGCGUGUUGCCGAACAACGUAGAAGAUCGACUCGAAAUAGUACAGGAGGUAUUUCAACACAUUCUCUAAAUGAAGCUGAACUAGCACGAGACUUUGAACGCAUUGCUGCAAAACGUAAUUUAGCAACUGAAAUUAUUAGUCGCAUUCCAUUGCAAAAAAGUAUAUCAACUUCGUCGAUAGUACCCAAAGAUGAGCCUAAAUCGAUCGCUCGCCAUUUGACGGAUAGCGAAGAUGAAAAUCAAAAUUUAUUACGAGCACACGCCAAAAUUGAAGUUUAUGACAAUGUAGAGAAAAGACGUAAACGUGGCUCACUUUUCUUUCGUAAAAAGAAGGAUAAAACUAAAAUGAAAGCAUUAGGUCAAAUAGUGUGUGAUACUUGCGGGGCAAAUAUUUUACUCGUCAAUAUUAAGGAACAUCAGUUAGAAUGUAAGAAUAAAAAAACUGGCAUUCAGAAAAUGUCCUUCAGCUCUAGUAAUAAAAGAAGUAUUAGCGGUGCGGGAGAUAAAAAUGAUGUUGGACAAGAUUAUUAUGAUGGUGCGGAUCACAGCGGUAAUUUUAAUGAUGAUGCACCACUUAUACGUUCAGAGUUUUUGAAUGAUCCACAAAUUGAAGUGCAAGAUUUGGGUGCUGAUCCCAUGCUUGGUAUUGCACUCGAAGAGCACGAUUCGUGGUCACCUAGUGUACCCAAAGAAGUACUUAAGUCUCUUAAAGAAAAACAAAUAAAACGUCAAGAGCAUAUUUAUGAAUUUAUUAUGACCGAAAAGCAUCACUGUCAAACAUUAUUGGUCAUGCAAAAAGUUUUUGUGGAAAGCUUAGAGCGCCAUUUUCCAGCGCUUAAUAUUAACAAAAUGUUUCCACGUUUGGCUGAGUUAACUGAAUUACAUAUAACAUUUUUAUGUAAAUUAAGACAAAAACAACGCGAGCAAUAUAUAGUAAACAGCAUUGCUGACGUACUACUUGAUUUUUUUUCACAGGAAAAGGCGCACCAUUUACGAUUAGCUUAUGGUGAAUUUUGUGCAAAUCAUCGUACUGCACUUGAACAAUUUAAAACGUGUAUUACAAACCGUGAUCAAACAUUUGCUGAAUGGUACAAGCAUUGCUUAACAAAUCCUUUACUUAAGAAAAAGGGUAUACCAGAAUGUAUUUUAUUUGUAACGCAGCGCCUUACAAAAUAUCCGUUGCUAAUUGAGCCUUUGCUUAAGAGUGCACGAGAGGACAAACUAGAAUGUGAUAAGCUACAGCAUGCAUUAAACCUUGUGAAGUCGCUAUUGGUCGAUGUAGAUGCUUGUGUAGCUGAAAAAGAAUUAAGAGAGCGGCAAAUAGAAAUUUUUAAUCGGGUAGAUCCCAAGUCAUUUUCCAUAUAUAAAAAUAAACCAUUCCGUAAAACUGAUAUAGGCGUUGAAUCACGCCGGCGACUUAAAUUCGAAGGUCAGGCAACUCUUAUGCAAGGUCGCUCAAAAAUGCAAAUGGUAUUAGUAGUUGUGCUAACAGAUUGUUUGUGCUUCCUUUUUGAGUCAUCACAUAAUAAAUAUACAUUUUUUACUCCAGAACAUAAAGCAGGUGUAGUACCCUUACAGAAGUUACUAAUUCGAGAAAAGGCUGGAACAGAGUCACCAGGCAUUUAUAUUAUUUCAUCGAAUCCAUCUUUUCCAGAAAUGUAUGAAUUAAAAGUGCAAAAACCAAAGGAUAAAAAUGUUUGGAUACAAUCUAUUCGGCAGGCAGUUAUUGAAUGCCCAUCAUCCGAUGUUAUCGAAGCUGAAGAUCUCACUGCUGAAGAAAAAUUGCGUAUAGGUGUCAAUAAACGUGAGCUAAUUGAAAAAAUGCGCCAAAAAGAUAUUGAGUUGGCUCUUCUGCUAGAAGAAAAAAUUAUUUUACAAUUAAACUUGAUAAAAGAACAGAAAAAAUUCGAAGAAUCUCAAAACACUGGUAGCCAUAACAGCAAUAGUGUAGUAAGUGCAGCUAAUUUCUUAGCGGCGUUUGGUACUUACAAAAAUUUAAUUGGGGUUGACUGUGAUACAACGGAGCUAUGGAAGCGUAUUCUAAGUAAUGUGCAAGAUAUAAGUCAAUUAGCGUCGACUGUUUAUACCGCAGCUACAGGCCUGUCUGUUUCACGUUCUAUCAGUUCCGUAGGUGAGAAGCAAAGUGAAUAUUUCUAUUCACCUACGUUACCGAAGCGCGCUGAAACUUUUGCUGGUUUUGAUGAAAAACGAGCAAAGAAUAUAUUUCCUUGUCGUGAUGUGGCAAAACUUGCAACAAUGCAAGUGAUGACACCGCGACUACAGGAAUUAGAAGAAAAACGAGAACUCAAAACUACGAACAGUACUGUAGUAUCAAGUGGUAGUAAUACAAUCAACACUAUUAAUGCAUCCUCAAUAUUACAAACGAGUAAUGACAUAACAGAGCAAAUGCUUAAUGAUGAACUUACACUCAAAGAUCACAACUGUGCUGCAUUGCAAAUAACACAUCACCUGAACACAUUACUUUGUAUAUUAUCACAACAGAUGACCACAAUACACAGCUUGCAGCAGCAGUUGGCUUUGUACAGAGAAAGCUCCCGCACAGCCUAUACCCACAAUGAUCAGUUAGAAGAAUUACGCAAUUUGCAGGAUAAAUUGCAAGAGGAAAAGACUGCGUGGUUGCGACAAAAAGAGCAACAAGAAAUUGAAUUAGAUGAAAAACGCGCGCAGCAAACCAAAUUGCAAGAACAAAUUAAAACUGAACAGGAAGAUAUUAAGCAACAGAGAGAACAACUCUAUCGCAAAAUGGAAGUACUCUCCAAUCAAGGUUUAUUGCUUUCACCAAAUACUCCUCUCAUGAUUACUAGUCCAGCGUUGUCUGCAGUAAAUAUUGGCGGUGGCAUUGGUGUCAAUGAGGAUACUUACGACUAUUACGAAGGACACACACAAAUAGCUGACGCUUUAAACGCAAGUAGCACACCUUUAACCACAAGUACAGUAGACAGACGUAAAGACAAGUGGCGCACUGCAUCAACUAUUUCGAAGACUCCCCCAGUAAAUCUUUUAAGCGCAACAAACGCACCUAAAAUAAAUCAAACAAGCGUUAAACAAAAAAUUCCAAUGAAACUGUCAUCGCUUUCAAAUGCUACUUCCGCAACAGCAAAUGCAACCAGUUCUAAUUCCAACAAAAUUGAUAAAUCAAACAGUUUUACAACUAACAGCACAACUGCUGCGCAACAUCAGAUUACUAAUCCAAUUGGUGUUACUCAAAUGUUUCCAUUAAAAUUGGCUGAUAAACGCAUGAAUUUACAGACAACUCAAAUGGUUCCACAGCAUUCGCGAACAGGUAGUUCACCAGCUAUUAUUCAACAUCAAACAAGUACUACACCAGCUCCAGCAGCGUCUCCACCUUCAUCUGGAGUUUCGCACACCGAUUCUUUGUCAAAGUUGACUUUUAACCAGAGGCAUUAUAGCACUCCUACAUCAUCUAAAAGUCUACAAACAGCCACUCCCACAACAUCGAUACUAUCAACAAUGGGGGCUAAAAAUGCUAACCCAAGCAUAUCACGCAGUAAUACUAAACUAAAACCUGAAGAAGAAGAAAUCUAUUUCUGACGCUCGUUUUCGCCAGAAGUGGAAAUCUAAGAAAAUUAUUUACAGCAAUACCGGGACUGAAUAUACGGUUAUUCUAAAACUCCAAAUGAAACCAUUUUCAUAUCACUUACCAAAUAUACUGGAAUGAGCCUUAGAUCAAUUAAUCAAUGCAAUUAGAAUCUUUUUUGUGAAGUAAACUUUUUAUAAUAGUUAGUUUUAACUGUUUAUUUACUUUAUUAAAAGAAAAAAGUUUCUUGUUUCUUUUUU